UUGCCACGUGGCCGCCAUAUUUGAUUUGGCUGGUCUAUUUUGGAGCGGAGUGAAUGAGUUUGUAAAGUUUACUGGACAGAAAUUAUUUUUCUUCUCAUCUUAGGAUCGGGACUACCUGUACUCAAAGCACUUCACAUUCUCAACUCUUCCUUUUUACGUAGGAACGUGACAGUUUUGUUUUGAAUGCCUGGCAGGAAAUCCCAGAAGAGAUGAUCACGUAGUGCCGUACGUGUUGUUGUUUAUAUUCCAUCAUUCGUGAGAUUUAAAGGCACGUAACAUAUGACCUGCGCCAGGUAACAAAGGUGAGAGAAACCUGUUGGGCAGGUGAGAAGAAAGGUGACUUUUAUUCCGAGGGAGAGAGAGUUGGAUAUUUUUCAAGAUAGACGACGAACGGGUGCCUAGUAUCAUGUCGGGCCGCAGCAACAACUGGCCGUUCGUGUUAAACCUGGGGAACUCCAUCAUAGGAGUCAGUAUCCUCGCCAUGCCCUAUUGUUUUAAACAGUGUGGCAUACUGCUGGGGUCCCUGCUGCUGCUGUGUUCAGCCUACCUCACCAGAGUCUCCUGUAACCUGCUACUCAAGACAGCUUUCGCAGCACGGAAACGCUCCUACGAGUUCUUGGCCUUACAUACUUUUGGAGCAGCAGGAAAAUUAGCUGUAGAACUAAGUAUUAUAGGGCUGCUGCUGGGAACAUGUGUGGCUUUCUAUGUCAUCAUUGGUGACUUGGGACCUGCUAUCAUUGCAGAGAUGACAGGACUAGAGAAUACAGCCAGUCUGCGGGCGGGGCUGCUGGUGUUUGUUGCCAUAGCGAUAGUCACGCCCCUAGGGAUGAUGAGGGACAUCACCAGCUUCACAGCUGUCAGCACCAUGUCUCUUCUCUUCUACUCUGUCUUCAUCAUCGAGGUUUUAAUGUGGGCGAUUCCAAACCUGGUGUCAGGAGCGUGGAUCCAGAGAGUGGAGAUGUGGAGACCUGCAGGCAUCUUCCAAUGUCUCCCCAUCUUCUCUAUGGCAUUCGCUUGUCAAACGUUGGCUUCUUUGGUUAUGUUGCUUUCUGUGAGCUGGUUAAGGGUGAUGUGUUGCUGAACUUCUCCUCCACCUUCAUGGCAGAAGUAGUGAAGAUGGGGUUCUGUCUGUCUGUGGCCGUCAGCUUCCCUCUCAUGAUCUUCCCCUGCAGACAGAGCAUCGACACACUGUUCUUCAGAAAACAUGUCCCAACAUUAGAGAACAUCCCAACCGGAGGAAACUACAUCCCCCCUCUGAGGUUUAAAGCCAUCACUAUGAGCAUCAUUAUCUUUUCCCUCAUCACUGGGAUUGUCAUCCCUAACAUUGAGACAGUCCUGGCGCUGACCGGAUCCACUACAGGAGUGCUGAUCUGUUUCGUGUUCCCCUCUCUCAUGUUCCUCAAUGUCUUCAGUUCACAAAGUUCAGGCAAAAUCACAGCACAGAUAGCCUUGUUUGUAGGCGUGAGUGUACUCGUGGCCAGUACGUACACAACACUGACUACACCCGGGGAGGCCCCAGAUGUCGCAGUCAAACCUGUUGUGGACAAUGUACCAGACUUUGCAGUGAGAAAUGUGAUUGGAGAUGCAGACCAGAAUAAUGCCAUGGAGUCUCUACAGUCCCUUGGAGGUGGGUCGGACCAAGGUGAUGGAAACCAUGGGGGAGGACAAGAUGAAGGGGAAGAACAUCAAAAAGACAAAGAAAAUGUUCAGGUUGAUGUGCCUGAUGUGAAGGCAGGUAAAGAAAAGGACCAGGAAGUACAGAUUGACAAACCAGGAGAAAAGGACGAAGAGGAAGAGGAGAAGGAGAAAGACAGGGAACAGGAGGAGGAAAAAGAUAAGGAUGACAGCAGGCUGGAGCCCCCCAUUCCACAUGAACCAAAGGAGCCCAACAAAGACAUGGAGGACGUCAAACCUGACAAUGCAGAUCUGGAGGAGCAGUGGGAGCAACAUCACAAGGAUGAAGAUGAGAAGAAGGAUGAAGACCAGGAUGGAGAUGGAAAAGAUCCAGAUGACAGAGAGAUAGAAGAUUUUGAAGACAAGGAAGACAAGAAAGAAUCUGCCAAGAAACAUGAAAAGCAACUAGACUUGAGGGAAGCAGGUGAUAAACAUCAAGUGAAGGAAGAAGAUGACAUGAAGAAAGAUAAUGCUGCUGAAGAGGAUGUCAGGAAAGAGCUUGAAGACAAAGAGCAUGAAGACAAAGACAAGAAAGAGCAUAAAGACAAGGAGCCCAAAGACAAGGAGGAGGAAGAUGAAGAAGAGAAAGAUGAGGGACAAAAGAAACAGCUGCUGGACAUCAUCCAAAAGCAGCAGGAACAGCAGGAGAAGCUGUUGGAGGUACAGCAGCAGCUGUUGGAUGAGCUGAAAGAGCACAAGGCUAAAGAUGUAGGCGAUGGAGACCAGCAGAAACAAGAUGGAGACCACAUCGGUGUGCCCCAAGAGCCUAGGGGUGUUGUGCUACAGAACGCAGACAUCCAACAGCAGCAAGGGUUUGUAGACGCGGGGCUAAACCAGGCUAUGGUGGAUGGAAAUUUACAACAGAAAGGUGUCGGAGAUGUUCUGCAGCAAGGUCGUGUUGUGGACAUGGGGCUACAACAACAGCUAGGGGAUGGGCAAUUGCACCAAGAUGCAGCUCCCAAAUUGCACCAGCCUGUUGAUGUUGCAGCAUUGCAGCAAAUGGGUGCAGGAGAUGCAUUACAGCUUGGUAAUCUUCAACAGGGGGGUAUGGCAGACCUUGGGCAUCAGCGAGGCAACGUUGUGAACAACAAUGAGGUUAUAGUAAACAAUGCCGCACUAGAGGUUGCAGAACUCCAUCAGGGUAUUUUGGCAAACGCUGGGAAGCAGCAAGGAAUAGUUGACAAUGUUGGAGUCCAGCAGGGCCAUCUAGUCAAUGGGAACUUGAAGCAGGCUGCUCCAAUGGACAAUGCAAGGAUGGAUCAAGGAAUCGCAGCAGACGGAAAGCUUAAGUUAUCAAAGCAAGAUGUUGUCCCUCAUCAAGACAUUGGGAGGCAGGUAGACCAAGGGCAGGGAAUAGUAAACAACAUCAUUCAGCUUGACCAAGAUAAAGCAAUACAACAAAAGCAAGACGUCAACAUACACCUAAAUCCAGUUGACAGCAAGAAAGCAGUAGAGAAGCAUGUUGGAGGAUUAGACCUGGAUGUCAAGCCUGCUCAAGACGGAUUGCCUGAUGCAAACCCUGCACACCGUAGAGUGGAGAGAGAUGUUGGUGGCCUGGAGAUAGUAGAGGUGCCAAAAGAUGGUCUAGCACAAGCUGCUGAUCAACUACAGGUCCAGCCUGCAGAAGGACUUCAGCAGGGUUCUGUCAAAGACAACAUCAAUGCAGAAGGCAAGAAGCUCAACAAUAAUGAUGGUCUGGUCAAGAUGGAAGCACCAAAAGAGGAGGUAGUAAACAAGAAUCAGUUAAAUCGGGACUUGAAGUAUCAUGCAACAGUUAAACCAGCAAAGGUCCUUGUAUCAGAUAAAGGCAAUGAUGAAAGCAAAGCAAAGGAGGAAAUCCUUCAGAAUUCACCAGGUGAUGACAUGAAAGGCAAGGAAGAAGAAAAUUUGAAGUUUGAAGAGGCAAAACAUGACAUAGAAGAGGAAAAAGAUGAUAAAUGGGAUUUCAACAAUUACAAGAAGGAGGAAAACCUUCCUUUAGAUGAGAACAAUAAUGUAAAAAUGGUCAUUGAUGGUGAUAAUCUUAAAAAAGACUUGGUAGGUCAAGCUGAAGGUCACAACCUCGUCAAUCUAGCUCAGGUGAGGGAUCUCAAAGCCCAUCCUGACAAGAAGGAUGAUCAUGAUCAUAGAAAAGAGUUCAGGAAAUAGACUUUGAAUUUUAUUUAGAUCUGGUGUAAAAUGGUUAACUAAUACUUGGUGACUUCAUAAAACUGCCAUUCUUAAAAUUCAACGCUUUGUAACAAUACUAAUGAGAUUUUGAGGUGCUGAAAACAGUCCAACGCUGUACAGCUUUCAACUGUCAUAUCUCUGUGUAUACAGCAUCAUCUCUGCAUCUAAUGACAACUGUGAAUAGUGCUGCAUGUGUACUUUAAAGCAAGUAGGGUGUAGCAACAUUUCAGGACAGGUUGGACACUGGUACAUUUGAUAAUAAGGCAUCAUGACAAUCUGAAUAGCUCACAUCUAAAACACAUGUAGAACUGUGACGUAGACUCAGAAGAAUCUUCUGUGAAGAUUUCAGCAUUUUUCAAUCUUAUUUUAUUUCAGCUGUCAAGUUUACCAGAUAUUCCAUCAUUACCUAAAGAUGUCUUUAAUUCAAGGUGUUAGAAAGUAUACAUAAUAUGUACAUACUACAGAGUUGAACAAAAUUCCAGCAAUAGUUGUAUUAACUAGUAUUACAUAUCUGUACCUAGGAUCUGUCUUACUACACUUGUUGCCUGUGGUACAUAUGAAUCUGUUGCAAGCGCUAGCUGUAAAACAGUAUUAGGUGGGGCCUUGAUACAGUUUUGUAAGAUAUUCAUGUACAAAGCAAAUGGUUUAUGGGGAGGUCAUCGUAAUAAGACUUUCACUAUGUAAAGAUUGAAGCAUUUUGCACACAGGAAUGCACUAGCCUCUGGUUGAGAAAAGGCACUUGUAGAAAACUUCUCAUGUAGACAGUAGAGCAUCAUGCAAACUGCAAUUAUGGUUUAUCAUUCUCUUUAACUUGCCUUAAGAAACUUAAAUGUAGAAUAUAACUUCUGGUGAGGAGCUGUAAUUCAUACGUGUAAAUGUUAUGCCAUAUCCCUGACAUCUAUGUCAAACGUCAGCACAUGUAUUUUACCUUCCAUGUUGUGUAUAUUUGAAUGUACAUACAGGAAAGGAUCACAAUUUAAAAAAUAUCAUUUUUUUCUUACACUAACAUAAUAAAGUGACUGUGGGUAGAA